UAUGUGACCUGUUUUUUUCUGCCAGAAAGUGUUUCAGAUCUUCUCUUCACCCCUGAUAUUCUGAAAUUUCAUGACGUGCCUUCCAUGGCUGCCUCUGAGGUCUCUCAUGGCUCCUCCAGUCUGGACUCUGAUGCUGCUGGUGGGGACUGCCUGGGGCCAGGGCCACAUGCCUGCCCCUGCCUGGAGAGAGAAGCCUCUGGACUUGAAACCAGCCAUUGACAGCUCCAAGGACAGCACCCUCCUAAGCCGGUGUGAUUUUGAGGAUGAGUCCAAACCCUUCUGCGACUGGACCCAGGUGUCUGCAGAUGAUGGGGACUGGAUUCGAGCCAGCGGGCCCUCCAAAACUGGCACCACCGGGCCCCUUGGGGGGUACCCCAGUGGAGAGGGCAACUACCUGCACAUGGUAUCGAAAGCCUUCCGCCGGGGCGGAGUGGCCCGCCUGCGCAGCCCUUACCUAUGGGUGCAAGGGCCCCUCUGUGUGCGCUUUGUCUACCACAUGUUUGGGCUGUCAUGGGGCGCCCAGCUCCGACUGCUGCUGUUGUCGAGCACACAAGGCCAGCGCCCCAGUGUGCUCUGGAAACACAGGAACACCCAGAGCCCCUCUUGGAUGCCCACCGCUGUCACUGUGCCCGCGGGGUUUGCUCUGCCCACCCAGCUGAUGUUUGAGGGAAUGAGGGGCAACACUGCCUACCUGGACAUCGCCCUGGAUGCCAUCUCUAUCCACCGAGGCUCCUGCAGUCGGGUCUGCAUGAUGCAGAUGUGCAGCUUUGACACUCCAAAUGAUCUCUGUGGCUGGAGCUGGAUCCCAACUGCCACUGGAGCCAAGUGGAUCCAGAAGAAGGGACAAUCGGGGAAGCCAGGCAUGGGGCCCGACGAUGACUUCUCUAGCCCUGGCAAUGGCUACUACAUGCUCCUGGACCCCAGGAAUGCAAGACCCAGGCAGAAAUCGGUCUUCUUGAGCCCCCUGAGCCACUCCUCCGGCUGUCUGAGCCUUUCCUUCCACUACACCCUCUGGGGCCAGUCUCCUGGUGCAGCCCUGCACGUCUAUGCUUCAGUCUUGGGCAGCAUCCGGAGACACACCCUCUUCUCAGGACAACCCAAACCCAACUGGCAACCUGUUUCAGUCAAUUACACGGGACAAGGACAGAUACAGUUUACCGUGGUGGGCGUAUUUGGAAAGAUCCCAGAGCCAGCUGUGGCAGUGGAUGACAUCAGCAUCGCUCCCUGUGGGGAGAGCUUUCCUCAGUGUGACUUUGAAGAUGAUGACCACCCCUUCUGUGACUGGACCCAGAAAUCGCAAGAUGGUGGACACUGGAUCCGGGGACAUAGAAAUGUACCCCUCCAAAGCACGGAUUUCCCUAGAGGGUCUCACUAUAUCUACCUCCAAAGUGACAAGUUCUCCCAGGCAGGGCAGUCUGUCAUACUGGUGAGCCGGCCCUUCUGUGCCCCGGGUGACAUCUGUGUGGAGUUUGCUUACCACAUGUAUGGCCUUGGAGAAGGCACUACGCUUAAGUUCCUGCUGGGUAGUCCUGCGGGUAGCACCCCGAUUACUCUCUGGAGCCGCGUGGGGUCUCAGAGCCCUGACUGGCAGAACGCCUCCAUCACCAUCUCUUCAGGACAUCAGCAGCCCAUGCAGCUGAUUUUUAAGGCCACCAGGGGUAGCAGCACCGCCUUUGUUGUCGCAAUAGAUUUCAUCUUGGUCAGUCAUGGGAUUUGUCGAGCACAAGUGCCACCAGUGCCUCCUGACAAAUCUCCAGUUUCCCCCACUGGCCCUUCUGAAACCACUGGCCUCGCAGAAAAACCCACCAUCCCCACAGAAACAACUACAGUCCCCACAGAAGCACCUGCCUUUUCUACAGAGACAACUAUGGUCCCCACAGAACAACCCACCAUCUCUACAGAGACAACCACUGUCCCCACAGAAACAACUACUGUCCCCACAGAACAACCCACCAUCCCCACAGAAGUCCCCACAGAAGAACCUGCCAUUUCUACAGAGACAACUACGGUCCCCACAGAACAACCCACCAUCCCUACAGAGACAACCACUAUCCCCACAGAAAUACCUACUGUCCCCACUGAAACAACCACUGUCCCCACAGAGACAACUACGGUCCCCACAGAACAACCCACUGUCCCUACAGAGACAACCACCAUCCCCACAGAAAAACCCACUGUCCACACUGAAACAACUGCUGUCCCCACUGAAAUAACUACUGUCCCCACAGAAAAACCCACCGUCGACACUGAAACAACUACUGUCCCCAUAGAAAAACCCGCUGUCCACACUGAAACAACUGUCCCCACAGAAAAACCCACUGUCCACACUGAAAAGCCUACAGCCCUCACCGAAGAGACCACCAUCCCCACCAAAGAGCCUACUGUCCCCACUGAAAAACCUACCACCCCUAUUAAAGAGUCCACUAGUGUGACUAGAGAGCCCACAACUACUGUGACACCCCACCCUAGCACAGUCCUGGUGCACACUGUGCCAGCAUUGCUGGGGAUGGUGCCUCAACAUGUUCCAAAUACCUCCAUGACCAGUGCAACCCUGGGCAUCACCACAACUCCUGGACCUGCUACAGAGAGCUGCCCCCUGAAUGCGCACUAUGAAUCCUGUGCUUGUCCUGCUUCCUGCAAGAACCCCAGGCCCAGCUGUGGGCUCCUCUGCCAGGCGGGCUGCGUGUGCAACCCCGGCUUUUUGUUUAGUGACAAUGGCUGCAUCAAUGCCUCUUCCUGCGAUUGCUUCUACAACAACUACAACUACAAGACUGGGGCAGAGUGGUUCAGCCCCAACUGCACAGAAUAUUGCCACUGCUGGCCUGGCAACCAGAUCGAGUGCCAGAGCUCUCAGUGUGGGGCACGUACAAUGUGCCAGCUGAAAAAUGGCCAGUAUGGAUGCUACUCCUAUGGCUUUGGCACCUGCUUAGUCUAUGGAGACCCUCAUUAUGUCACCUUUGAUGGGAGGCACUUUGGCUUCAUGGGCAGAUGCACUUACAUCUUGACCCAACCCUGUGGCAACUCAACAGAUCCAUUCUUCAGGGUGACAGCAGUGAAAGACGGAUGGGAACAGCAAGGCAUGUCCUACCUGAACAAAGUCUACGUGACCCUGCCUGAGACUACCGUCACCCUGCUCAAAGGCAGACGCACAUUGGUUGGGAGUCAGCAAGUCACCCUCCCAGCCAUACCUUCUAAAGGCGUCUUCCUGGCUGCUAGUGGACGAUUUGUGGAGCUGCAUACAGAGUUUGGUUUGUGGGUGAGAUGGGAUGGCGACCAGCAGCUGUUUGUGAGUGUGGCCAGGACCUAUUCUAGCAAACUCUGUGGUUUAUGUGGAAACUAUGACGGUGACAUGAGCAACGACCACCUGAAGCCGGAUGGCCAGCCAGCCCGAGAUGAGGAGGAACUGGGGGAAAGCUGGCAGAUGGCUGAGGACGAGGACAGGGAGUGCCAGAAGAGCCAGGCAAGCUCCCCAUCCUGUGACUCAGCCUUGCAGAGCAACAUGUCGGGGCCAGGGUUCUGUGGACGGCUGGUGGACUCCCGCGGCCCGUUUGAGGCAUGUCUGUUUCACCUAAAGGCCACUUCCUUCUUUGACAACUGCAUGUUUGACAUGUGCAACUUCCAGGGGCUACAGCAGAUGCUGUGUGCCCACAUGUCAGCCAUGACCACGAGCUGCCAGGAUGCCGGCUACCCCAUGAAGCCCUGGAGGGAGCCCCAUUUCUGCCCUCUGGCCUGCCCGCCCAACAGCAAGUACUCCCUGUGUGCCAGGCCGUGCCCUGACACCUGCCAUUCAGCAUUCUCUGGCAUGUUCUGUCCAGACCGGUGCGUGGAGGGCUGCGAGUGCAACCCGGGCUUCGUGCUCAGUGGUCUCAACUGCGUCCCCCAAUCCCAGUGUGGGUGCCUCGACUCCAACGGGAGCUACUUCAAGGUUGGGGAGAAGUGGCACAAGCCAGGCUGCAGGCAGCUCUGUUUCUGUAAAGACAACAACAGAAUUCGCUGCUACUCCUGGAAGUGUAAGGCCCAGGAGAUCUGUGACUAUCAGGAUGGCAUCUAUGGCUGCCAUGCCCUAGGGGCUGCCACCUGCACUGCCUCGGGUGACCCCCACUACCUGACAUUCGAUGGAGCCCUGCACCACUUCAUGGGCACCUGCACCUACGUCCUGACCAAGCCUUGCUGGACCAAGCUCCCACAGAACUAUUUUGUUGUGAGUACCAGCAACGAGAACCGCGGGGGGAUCCUGGAGGCCUCCUUCGUGAAAGCCGUCCAUGUGCAGAUCUUCGGCCUCAAGAUCUCACUGCUCAAAGGCCGCAAGGUCAUGCUAAACGGCCAUCGGGUGGCCCUCCCUGUGUGGCCUUUGAAAGGCCUGGUGACCCUAAGGCUCAGUGGCAUCUUUGUUGUCCUCUACACAACCAUUGGGCUCCUGGUUCGCUAUGAUGGGGUCCACUUGGUGGAAGUGACAGUGCCUUCUUCCUAUGCGGGCCAGCUCUGUGGGCUGUGUGGGAACUACAACAACAACAGCUUGGAUGACAACCUGCGCCCAGACAAGAAGCCCACAGAAAACUCCAUCCAGCUGGGGGCCUCCUGGAAGCUGCCUGAGUCUUCUGAACCUGGCUGCUUCCUCAUGGAGGGCAGGCCCUCUGGCUGCCAAGAGGGCAAAAUGACAGACACCUGGAAUAAGAACUGUGCCAUCUUAACGGACCCUCAGGGACCCUUCUCUCAGUGCCACGAGGUGGUGCCCCCGCAGGCCAGCCUCGCCAGCUGCGUGCGUGGCCAAUGUGGGACCAAGGGUGACACCACGGCCCUGUGCCACUCCCUGCAGGCCUACGCAUCCCUGUGCACCCAGGCCGGCCAGGCCCCUGUCUGGCGAAACAGCACCUUCUGCCCUCUGAAGUGCCCCCCCGGCAGCAGCUACAGCCCCUGUGUCAGACCCUGUCCAGCCACCUGCCUCAGCCUGGUUGCCCCGAGGGACUGCCCAGCCUCACUACCCUGUGCCGAGGGCUGUGAAUGCCAGAAAGGCCACAUCCUGAGUGGAACCUCCUGCGUGCCCUUCAGCCAGUGUGGCUGCAUCGACCCGAAGGGCUUCUACCACCUGGUGGGGGAGAGCUGGUACACAGAGAGCACCUGCUCCUGGCUCUGCACCUGCAGCAUCCACAACAAUAUCACCUGCUUCCAAACCACCUGCAAACCCAACCAGAUGUGCUGGUCCCUGGAUGGUGUGCUCCGCUGCCGGGUCUCAGGUAGGGGAGUGUGCCGGGUCUCAGGGGAUGCCCGGUACGUGAGCUUCGAUGGCAGUGAACACUUUAUCCGGGGCACCUGCGCGCACGUCCUGAUGAAAGUGUGCCACCCCAACAUGAACAUGCCCUUCUUCAAGAUCAGUGCCAAGAACAAGAAGCUGGUAGGCAGACCUAAGUCUUUCCACCUUCACCAGGUCUACAUUGACAUCUACAAUUCCCAGAUCAUCCUGCAAAAUAACCACCACGUGCUGAUCAAUGGCAAACAGGUCACCCUUCCCGAGAGCUCUCAGAUUCCAGGGGUCAGCAUCCUUUCCCGCGGCAUCCACACCAUUGUCAAGUUUAAGUUGGGAGCACGAGUCACGUUUGAUGGCCGUCAUCUCUUAGAGAUCGAACUCCCUACAGGCUAUUACGGAAAGGUCUGCGGCGUGUGUGGCAACUUCAACGGCGAGGAAGAUGACGAGCUGAUGAUGCCCAGUGAUGAACUGGCCUGGAAUGACCAAGAGUUUGUGAAGAGUUGGAAAGAUAAGGACAUCGACCCAAAUUGCCAAGGAGAUAACCUGCCGGAGGACCUGAGUGGGAACUGCAGAGAGGCCGACUUCUACAGGGCCCGGGAAAAAUGUGAGGCAGCCCUGGAGGCUCCAGCCUGGUCCCAGUGUGCCUCCCACUUGGUCCUCAAGCCCUUCCUGGUGAGCUGUGCCAACACCCUCUGUGAAUUUGGAGGCCUAAACCAUGCCCUCUGCCAGGCUCUGCAAGCCUUUGGGUCCACCUGCGAAAGUCAGGGGCUCAAGCCCCCACUCUGGAGAAACAGCAGCUUCUGCCCUCUGGAAUGCCCACCUCACAGCAGCUACACCAACUGCCUUCCCCCCUGCUCACCUUCCUGCUGGGACCUAGAUGGCCGGUGUGAGGGUGUCAAAGUCCCCUCCACCUGUGCAGAGGGCUGCAUUUGUCAGCCAGGCUACGUGCUGAAUGAGGACAAGUGUGUGCCCAGAAGUCAGUGUGGCUGCGAGGAUGCCCAGGGCGGCUUAAUCCCUCCGGGCAAGACCUGGAUCUCCAGUGGCUGCACAGACAGCUGUGUCUGCAUGGGAGGGACCAUUCAGUGCCGGGCCUUCCGAUGCCCCUCUGGGUCCCACUGCCAGCCCAGCUCCGACCACAGCAACAGCAACUGCGCAGCUGACAAGUCGGAACAAUGCUCAGUCUUCGGGGACCCCCAUUACCACACGUUUGACCACCUUAGCUACCACUUCAUGGGCCGCAUGACCUACAUUCUGAUCAAGACGGUAGAUGUUCUCCCCGAGGGGGUGGAGAGACUGCUCGUGAAGGGGCGCAACAAGAUGCACGAGCCCUGGAGCCCCAUCAUCCUAAACGAAGUGAUCAUAAUCGUCUAUGGCUACAAAGUCCAACUCCAAACCGGCUUGGGGCUUGUGGUCAACGACCAGAAGAUGGCCAUCCCCUAUAGGCCCAACGAGCACCUGUGGGUCACCCUGCGGGGCCAACGGCUAUAUCUGGUCACUGACUUUGAGCUGGUCGUCAGCUUUGAUGGAAGGCGCAAUGCAGUGAUCUCCCUGCCCAGCACAUACCAGGGGCUUGUGCGCGGCCUGUGCGGGAACUAUGACAAGAACCACAAGAACGAGCUGAUGCUGCCUAGUGGCGUUGUCACCCACAACCUCAACACCUUCGGCAACAGCUGGGAGGUGAAGACCGAGGACUCGGUCCUCCGCUUCCCAAGGGCCAUACCCGAGGAGGAGGAGGGCGGCGGUGGAGCAGUGGCGAGCUUCCAUGUGGCAGCAUGCAGCCCAGAGCAGCUGGCGCUCAUCAACAGCACCCAGGCCUGUAGGGUGCUGGUGGACCCCCUGGGCCCCUUUGCUGCCUGUCACCAGACUGUGGCCCCAGAGCCCUUCCAGGAGCACUGUGUGCUUGAUCUGUGCUCUGCCGGGGACCCCAGGGAGCAAGAGGAGAUGCGCUGCCAGGUCCUCAGCGCCUACGCCAUCCUCUGCCAGGAGGCAGGUGUGGCCCUGGCCAGCUGGCGGAACCACACCCGCUGUGCCAUGGCGUGUCCAGCCAAUACCGUGUAUCAGAGCUGUAUGACGCCCUGCCCAGCGUCCUGUGCCGACCUGGCGGACCCCAGGGACUGUGAGGGCCCUUGCGUGGAGGGCUGCGCCAGCAUCCCAGGCUACAUCUACAGUGGCACUCAGAGCCUCCCUCUGGCCCACUGCGGCUGCACCAGCAAUGGCAUCUACUACCAGCGGGGAGACAGCUUUGUGACUGAGGACUGCUCUCAGCGCUGCACCUGUGCUCACGCCGGGAUCUUGCUGUGCAAACCCUUCAGCUGCAGUGUGGGGGAGACCUGCACCCUGGGGAACCUCACCCGGGGCUGCUUCCGAGAAAGCCCGUGUCUACGGAACCCCUGUCAGAAUGAUGGACGGUGUCAGGAGCAAGGAGCCAGCUUCACUUGCCAGUGUGAACUUGGUUAUGGGGGAGACCUCUGCACAGAGCCUCGGGAUUUGCCACCCCCUGAAAUGUCAGCAUCCCGCUCUGUGGCUGUCCUAUUGGGAAUGCUGGUGCCUGCGGUAGUUGUAGUGCUGGCAGCCACCAGAGAGUGUGUUUACAGAGUGAGGAGGAGGUGGAGGGAGAAGAUUCAGAGCCAGAACAGAGGCAGGGGGGCCAGAGCAGACACAGGUGUUGUUCCAGAGUGUACCUUUAAAGUGACUCAGUUUUGAGUUGUCUUCCAACAGAGUUAAAAUAAAAAUAUUUAUUUUUGAGGUGUGAA